GGUACCCUUAUCGUGCCGUUUUCAUUAUUUGAAUUGUAUUCAAAUAUUUAUUCAUGUUGCAUAGUACUUACAGUUGUUAAUUCUAAGCUGUUUGUGGAUCAUAAUCUAGUAGAUGAAUUUUUAAUCCUGGGUCAAUACACGCUCAAGAUAUUGAAAAAGAAAUAGCCCGUCCUGUAUAGGAAUGUUAAAUAUUUUUGAAUAAACAAUUGUUCCUGUUUUGCGACACAAGAUUUGAAAUGACCGUGUGAGACGAGAACAAGGCCAUGCUUAUCGAUGGUAGAGGGCAAUAAUCUGAGAACAAGAUUAUUAGCUUGUUUAUUAUUCAUAGAAACUGGAGUUGACACUAUAGAUACAUCUACUUGACAAUAUUUUUUGUACUCUCUUUUUAAUUCCUGUCGAAUAACAUACCGGAUCCUUUACUUCGUACACGCAUGCAUAACGAGAGACAAUACAUCUCCGAGGCUAAUGCACUUGUCCAGGUCAUUGCGCAAUGCAGUCUGCAGGUGCAUCGACAGUAGAGCCCGGGGGCCACAAUGCAACUGCAAAUUAUGCAUAUUCAUCCGACUUGUCAGUAUAGCGAUUGAAGCAGCACGCGUCCUGAUACAUAUAUAUAAUUAAAUUUGUUUAUUUAACAAGAACUCGAUGAUGGGAGUCGCGAAACUCAAAACACCCAUGGGAAUUAUCCUCAAGGCAACCAUCGUGACCGUAAUGGCAAUUAUAAUAUUCAAAAACGCAACUUAUCACUGAGUGGAAUAAUUGAUUUGCGACUCUGACGCAAUACCGGUUGCGAGAUCGUUUCACGGCGGUCUUUUGACUUACUGACAAUUUAAAUAUAUAUUAUAAAUAAAUGUAUAUUCUUUUUUUCACGAAAAACGUUCAAAUUAUCUAAGAAAAUUAUUUGGAUAACAAAAUUCCUUAAAUCUUUCUGGAUUAUUAAAUACAGUUUCUCAUGCACUGCAGUCACCCAGCUAACAUGUCUAAAUCGUCAUAUAUCGUUAAGGAACCUUAUCUGAACGACCCCCUCCCCCCCCCCAACACCUGCAUCGAAGAGAAGAUGAAGAAGAAGAAACAGAUUAGAGGUGGGUGUAAGGCCCCGUAUUUUAUAUGCGCAGGGAGCAUUGCGCACAUAAUCGACUCAGGCGGGAAAGAAUCAUGUUAGUUCAGCAGUAGUUCAGUGGUAGCAGCUUGUUACCCAUAGUUCUCUUGAUCUUCCACAUCGUUUACUUCUUCGUCUUAUUCUUCUUCUUGAUCUUCAUCCACUUCUUCCUCUUCCUACUCGACCGGCUACUAUAUAUCUCCACCGUGCGCGCCGAUUUGACCGCAGAACCUUCCCGGUUUUCGCGUGUAUAUCGUCCCGCAGAAACGACACUAAAUUGCUUGGCAAUUACUAAGGCGAAUUUCGGAAUUUCAGCUGUUCAUCAAGGACGGCCUGAAGGUACUCGAGAAGAGGGAAAAUUACAACAGCGACCGACAUAUAAACUUUUCAACGGCAUCUUGACCAAUAUUAUUCGAUCUACAACCUGAUCACGUACAGCCGUUCGUGGAAACCAUGACCACAGGACGGCCUCUUGUUUUAUGCAGAGUGAUUCUGCUGCUCCUGUUGCAGAUACUAAAGGAGAUUGGUGUUAAUGGACAUGGAAGACUAAUGGAUCCACCAUCUCGAAAUAGCAUGUGGCGCUUUGGUUUUCCCAAUCCGGUUAAUUACAAUGACAACGAACUCUUCUGCGGCGGGUACGCAGUACAAUGGGUUCAAAAUCAAGGACAGUGCGGUAUGUGCGGAGAUGCUUAUCAUCUGAAUGAACCAAGACCCCACGAGGCUGGUGGAGAAUUUGCCAAAGGGACGAUAGUACGACAUUACACAGUAGGACAGGAAAUUGACGUGGAAGUCGAACUCACAGCUAAUCAUCUCGGUCGCUUCGAGAUGUAUCUGUGUCCCAAUAACAAUCCUUCCAAUGAGGCAUCGCAAGAAUGCUUCGACAGGUAUCCACUUUAUAUAUCUGGCACGAAGGAGGUCCGCUUCCAGAUUCCGGUGGAAACUGAGAAGAAGGCCAUUUUCCGCUACAAGGUAUCUUUGCCGCCGUACGUGACGUGCUCGCAGUGUGUCAUUCAAUGGAAUUACUUCACAGGAAAUAUGUGGGGUACAUGUCCAAACGGAACAGAAGCUGUGGGCUGUGGUCGCCCUGAGACUUUUCGUAAUUGCGCCGACGUCAGUAUAGUAACUAGUACUGCAGGUGUUCCGCCAUUGUUUGUACAACAGGACAAUCCGUUCUUACUGUAUUACAGGGACUACCGUUCUCCAAACAAUGUAUUCCCCUUAGUUAUCAGGUCUCAAGUGUGCGUUCCUACUCAGCUCUACAGAAGAAUUCCUGGCAUGGGAGAAUGGUGCCAGACUAAUUGUCUACGUUAUCCUCCAAAUUGUCCUACGACGAUCUGUCAGUGUCCAGAAGUCUGUGACGCCAUUGGUGAAAUAUCCGGAAAGGAAGGAGCCAGUGUCUAUUGUCUGGAUAAAUGUCUGGUCUAUCCAUCGAAUUGCCCAUCGCACCGUUGCCGUUGUUACUAAGAAGAAAUAAUGAAAAUUAGAAACCCAUAAUAAUCUAUCUGUAAGAAAAGAGAAU